GUUAUAUCCCUUUGGUAUUGCUGUGAUUUAACGCGACUUUUUUGUGCCAAUUUAAGAAAAGUUAAACUUGUAGACUCUGGAAAUAAAGUGGCCAAGAGUGUACAGAAACCAAAUAUUGUCGAACAACAAUAUACAGAUAUAUUUCUCUAAUUACAGCCUUUUUUCAAACUACCUUUCUCAACCUACAGUUCAGUUUAUCAUGUUUAUAUCAACUUCAGACUGGGAGCAAUCAACUUCAGGAUUGUGAUAUUUGUGCUAAAAAUAGAUAUAAAAAGGAAAAUAUAAGACACAUGAUGCUGAGUUAGAGGAGAAUAUUAGAACACAUACUGAAUAGUUGAAUAACACAUGAUGCCGAGUUAGAGGAGAAUAUUAGAACACAUACUGCAUAGUUGAAUAACACAUGAUGCCGAGUUAGAGGAGAAUAUUAGAACACAUACUGAAUAGUUGAAGAACACAUGAUGCUGAGUUAGAGGAGAAUAUUAGAACACAUACUGCAUAGUUGAAUAACACAUGAUGCCGAGUUAGAGGAGAAUAUUAGAACACAUACUGAAUAGUUGAAGAACACAUGAUGCUGAGUUAGAGGAGAAUAUUAGAACACAUACUGCAUAGUUGAAGAACACAUAAUGCUGAGUUAGAGGAGAAUAUUAGAACACAUACUGCAUAGUUUAGGAACACAUGAUGCUGAGUUAGAGGACAAUAUUAGAACACAUACUGCAUAGUUUAGGAACACAUGAUGCUGAGUUAGAGGAGAAUAUUAGAACACAUACUGCAUAGCUUAAGAACACAUGAUGCCGAGUUAGAGGAGAAUAUUAGAACACAUACUGCAUAGUUGAAUAACACAUGAUGCCGAGUUAGAGGAGAAUAUUAGAACACAUACUGAAUAGUUGAAGAACACAUGAUGCUGAGUUAGAGGAGAAUAUUAGAACACAUACUGCAUAGUUGAAGAACACAUAAUGCUGAGUUAGAGGAGAAUAUUAGAACACAUACUGCAUAGUUUAGGAACACAUGAUGCUGAGUUAGAGGAGAAUAUUAGAACACAUAGUUAAAGAACACAUACUGCAAAGGUGCAGGAACAUUUUCUUUUAUUGGUAAACUGAAGUCAGAGACAUGACAACACAUACUAGUUAUGCUAGUUACAAACUGUAUAAAUGUGAUGUAUGUGGGAAAGGGUUUAGUCACAGUUCAAGCUUGCGGAGACACAUGAGAGUACAUACUGGAGAUAAACUGUGUAGAUGUGAUUUAUGUGGUAAAGGUUUUGGUCAAAGUUCAACUUUGGAAAUACACAUGCGAGUACAUACUGGUGAUCAACCUUAUAACUGUAAUACAUGUGGUAAAGGAUUUGUUGAUAGUUCAAGCUUCAAAACACACAUGAGAAUACACACUGCUGAUAAACCUUAUCAAUGUGAUUUGUGUGGUAAAGUGUUUAGGUAUAUGUCAAGCUUACAGAAUCAUAACAGAACACACACUGAUGAUAAACCUUUUAACUGUGACGUAUGUGGUCGAGUGUUUAGGUAUAGUACAAGUUUAAAGAAUCAUAGCAGAACACACACUAGUGAUAAACCUUUUAAAUGCAAUAUAUGUGGUAAAGGGUUUGGUGGUAGUUCAAAUUUGAAAAGACAUAUGACAAUACACACUGGUGAUAAACCUUAUAAAUGUGAUUUAUGUUGUAAAGGAUUUAGGUUUAGUUCAAAUUUACAGAUUCAUAUGCGAACACACACUUGUGACCAACGUUAUAAAUGUGAUUUGUGUGGUCAAAGGUUUAUGAGUAAUUCAAAUUUACAGAUUCACACACGAACACACACUGGUGAUAAACCUUAUAAAUGUGGUGAAUGUUACAAAGACUUUAAACAGAGCCAAAAUUUACAAAAGCACAUGAGAAUACAUACUCGUGAUAAAUCUUAUAAGUGUGUUAAAUGUGGGACAGGAUUUAGUCGGACUGGUGAAUUACAAAGACACAUGAGAAUACACAUUGGUUAUAAACCUUAUAAAUGUCUAUUGUGUGAUAAAAGCUUUAGUGAUCCUUCAAAUUUAUAUAGGCACAGGAGAACACACACGGGAGAUAAACCUUAUAAAUGUGUUCAAUGUGAUAAAGGGUUUAGUCAUAAUUGGAACUUACAGACGCACAUGAGAACACAUACUGGUGAUAAACCUUAUAAAUGUGAUGUAUGUGGUAAAGGGUUUAGUCAGAAAACUGGCUUAGAGAGACAUAAUAGAAUACAUACUGGUGAUAAACCAUAUAAAUGUGAUAUAUGUGGUAAAGGGUUUAGUCUUAAUGGUAACUUACAGACGCACAUGAGAACACAUACUGGUGAUACACCAUAUACAUGUGAUAUAUGUGGUAAAGGGUCUAGUGUUAAUUGUAACUUACAGAAGCACAUGAGAACACAUAAAGGUGUUAAACCUUGUUAAUGCGAUGCAUGUGGUAAAUUUGCGAAACUCAUUGCUUAGAGAGACACAUGAAGAGACACGCGGGAAAUAAACCUUAUAAAUGAUUAUGUCAUGUGUGUGAUAAAUGUUAUGUGUGUGAUAAAUGUUAUAAUGUGAGAACGUAGAGAGACAAAGGAGAAUACACACUGAUUUUAGGGAGCUACCAUUUGAUUUUUAUGGGGGGCUAGGAUGAAAUUUGAAAAAAUAG